AUGCCUGUAUCCUUGAAACUCCCACCGAAGCCCACAGAGCCGGUCUGUGGAGAACGGCGUUGCACCAACCGGCAGCCAGGUGCCGGCACUGACCGCUCCGCCGGCAAAGCCCUGGGGGCAGAGGCGCUGCYGGGCCGCCGCCUUCCCCGCAUCGUCACCCGCAAGGUACCGCUCUGGGGAGGGGACGGCUCAGUGGCACCGGCGACACCGACCCCUCAAGGGUCUGGAAGGSACAAGACCCGCAGCUUCCACCUCUUCGAGAGCAGCGGGGAGUCCCGGCUGCUGGUGCGUGAGCGCUCCGGGGCGGCGGCCGUGGCCCGUCGGAACGAGCGGGAGCGCAACCGAGUGCGGCUCGUCAACCUGGGYUUCGCCGCCCUCCGCCAGCACGUCCCGCACGGCGCCGCCAGCAAGAAGAUGAGCAAGGUGGAGACGCUCCGCUCCGCCGUCGAGUACAUCCGCGCCUUGCAGCGGCUCCUCGACGAGCACGACGCCGCCGCCUCUUUCCCCGAUGGCCGCGGGCGGGUGGCCGUCGGGGAAGUUGGCGGCAGCGGCGGCUACUCCUCCGCUUCGCCCUCGUUCGCCUCCUCCGCGCCCGGCUCGCCGUGCUCUUCCGAGGAGAGCGGCUACGACGCGGCGCUCAGCCCCGAGGAGCGGGAGCUGCUGGAUUUCACCAGCUGGCUGGGGAGCUACUGACCCGGCAGGAGCCGCGCUCAGCCCGCAGCACAUCAGCGCCCGCCGUCUCGGCGGCAGCAGCAUCCCCCCCAAAGUACUGACCUCCACCCCGGCGGGACCCCGCUGGCUGCUUUUCUCGUCGUCUUCGGGCUGUGGAAAGUGCAAUGAUGUAGCUGACUGCGGGGUCSCGCUCCUUGCGCGGGGCAGAGGUUCCGCCUGCCCGCCGGGAGCUGCCGACCCACGGAGAGGAUGCCCGAGCGAACCCGCUUCCCCCCGCCGCUGCUGUGUGGUGUUGCUUUGGAGGGGUGGAAAGCAAAAAAAAAAAAAAAAAAUUAAAAACACUUGAUGCUUCCUUGUUUCUGGAGGGAGAGGGAAUUUUUUAUCAUGUCAGAUUCUAUUUUAUAUGUAACUUGAACUGCCUSUGGGGACACUGGUGUAUGAAGACUUAUUUUUGUAUAAGAAACCUUAGAGAAAAGGGAAGAAAUGGUUCUAUUUUUAGCAGGUCUGUCCACCUGUUCUUGAACACUACCAGCUAGAAUGUUUUGGGCACAUAUAUGGUAUAGAUGAAAAGGUGUUCGUUUGUUGGUUUGUUUUUUUGUUUUUUGGUUUUUUUUUUAACUAUUCUCUCCAAACACUUCAGUAAUAGACUGUAAAGUUAUGUUGUGUUUUAACGUGGUGUCUGAGUUUGCCUGGUGUGAAGGUUCACCUCUCUGAAAACUGAAGUUUUUUUAAAAAAAAAUGUAUUGAAGGCAUUUUUGUAUGCACUUGSUAGGAUUUCUUAAGUUGUACAUAUGCAGUUUUUAAGAGAGUAUCAUAUUUUAUGUAAAUUGACUUUAUAAAUAAAAAUCUAUUUAUAAAUGGCUUGAAGG